AUGGCUGAAGAACAACCAGCUGACCACCAACACCAAUACCAUCGCCAACUCUCCACCGCCCCAGAACAAGUCGACGUCCUAAUCUGCGGUUCCGGCAGCGCAGGACUCUGCGCCGCCCUCUGGCUCGCCAUCUACGGCACCCACAACAUCAAAAUCCUCGAACGCCGCUCCGGGCCUAUGACCAUGGGCCAGGCGGAUGGCGUGCAGUGUCGAACCGUCGAGGUGUUCGAGUCGUUCGGCAUGGCCGAGGACCUGCUCCGCGAGGCGUACCAUGUGUUGGAAGUCGCGUUUUGGGCCCCGUCGCCGGCCGACCCCAGCAGAUUGCACAGGGCGAGUCGCACCGCGGACACGCAGCCCGGGCUGAGUCAUCAGCCGCAUGUGAUUCUCAAUCAGGCGAGGAUUAAUGGGUUCAUGCUGGAUAAGAUGCGUGCCAUGGGCGCCGCGGAGGUCGCGUAUGGGUAUACCGUCAAAGGCGUGGUUGUGGAUGCUGAUGCGGAGCUUGCGCAGGAGAAUGAUCCGGAUGAGUAUCCUUGUACAGUUGUUGCAGAGAGGGAUGGCAAGGAGGUGGUGCUUAAGGCGAAAUAUGUCUUGGGCUGCGAUGGCGCCCAUAGUAUGGUCCGCAAGUCGCUCGGCUACAAAAUGGUCGGAGACUCCACCGAUGCAGUCUGGGGCGUGAUGGACGUAUAUCCACGCACCAACUUCCCUGAUAUCCGGCGCAAGGCGGCGAUCCACUCGAACGCCGGCACGAUCUUGGUGAUCCCACGCGAAGGCGGCUCGCUGGUUCGCUUGUACAUCGAGUUCCCCACGGGCACGAACGUCAAGGACAUCCAGCUUUCACACCUGCACGGAAAGGCACGGCAGAUUUUUGCACCGUUCGACAUGGAAAUUGCCGAGACGGCAUGGUGGUCAUGCUAUUGUAUCGGCCAGCGACUGGCGGACCAAUUCACCAAGGACAACCGCGUGUUUUUGACCGGAGAUGCGUUCCACACUCACUCCCCCAAGGCUGGGCAAGGGAUGAACGUCAGCCUGCAGGACGGGUAUAAUAUUGGUUGGAAGCUCGGCAUGGUCUUGACGGGCAAAGCCAAACCUGACUUGUUGACCACGUAUAAUCUCGAGCGUGGUAAGACAGCCGCAGACCUGAUCGACUUUGACAGGUGGUUUACCAAACUCUUCUCAAAGAAGGCCAGCAACAAGGGCGACUGGACACCGGAGCAGUUUAGCCAAGGGUUUAUCAAGUCCGGCCGCUAUACUGCUGGGUUGACUGCCAAAUAUGAGGAUUCGAGCUUGACAUCGUCCGCAAGCAGUAGACCUGAAUUGGCGCACAAUGUCGUUGUCGGUAUGCGAUUUCCCAAUGCUCAGGUCGUGCGGUUCUGCGACGCCAAAGCGAUGCCUCUCGUCCAGGCUCUUAAGGCGGAUGGACGUUGGCGGGUGAUAUUCUUCGCUGGGAAGAUCGGAGAUGUUCACACUCUUCCAAGGCUGCAGAAGAUUGCAAAAUAUUUGGACUCCCCAGCAGGACCUGUGCGGAAGUAUACACCGUCGUCCUCCGACAUUGACAGCUUCAUCGAACCGAUCGUGGUGCUAAGCGGCGAUAGAGUCAAGCUUGAACAAGAAGAAAUACCGCCCUUCUUCUGGCCUGUUACUGGAAAGUGGAAGAUGCGAGAUUUGCACAGAGUUUUUGUUGACGAUGAGAGCUACAACUCCGGACAUGGCCACGCUUAUAAGAAGUACGGCAUCAUCCCAGACAUAGGUGCAACUGUGAUUGUGCGACCGGAUCAAUAUGUAUCAAAAGUCAUUGCCAUCGACGAUACACAAGGCAUUGGUGAACUCUUCGAUGAAUUCGUGGUGCCAACAGAGCAAAACGGCUCUCUGUGA